UUUGCAGCCCGUCAUGCAUCCUGCAUGCAUCCUCAUCAUCACCAUCAUCAUCGUUGCCCAACAUCACCAACAUAUGUAAACACAGAAACUCAGACCACAUUCCCCCUAACGUCUCUCUUGAAUCUCUUCAAUCCGUCUAGGUCGACGAAACGGAUACAGAGCAAAACUAGUCUCUCCGCUUCUGGCUUCUUUAACGGAUCAUCCCGCCUAACGUAGCUACGAAACGUCCCAGGCGUCGCCUUCCUUGAACACAGAUCCAUUAUUCUCCCUAUCCAAAAUCUCUCUUUCUCACUCGGCGCGGCCUCCUCAUUCGUCGGGGAAUCGGAACCCUAAAUCAGAAAAGCGCCUUCCUCUGUCUAUCCAUCCGCAUACCAGCGAGCGCGCCUAUACAUAUAUAUACACCACAGCAAGCUCAUAGCUGGUAUAUUCCAAGCAUUCCCACACCACCUACCUACCUAUCCAUCCGCCUCACCCGCCUUCAUACUUUUUUUUUUUUUUUUUCCCUCCACGUUCCCAUUUGCUUCGAGCCGGGACUGAAAAAGAAAGGAGGUGGGAAAGUAUCCCUUAUAUCCGAAUUCGCCGAAAAAGAGUCCUUGUUUCUUCCCCGGCUCCGCCCCGCUCCGCUCGUCGGUACUCUCGCUGCCUUGAUUCUUGUUUUUUUGGCCGGAGGGGUUCUUGAGAACGAAAGAAAGAAAGAAAGAAAGAAAGAGAAGCAUAUAUAUUAUUUUCCUUGCUGCUGAUUGGAUUGGUUUGACGUCGCUACUUUUUGGUCAUCAUGUCUUGGGCUGGCUUUAAGAAAAAUGUUAAUCGGGCGACGACGCAGGUUAUGAUGAAAACGGGGCAUGUGGAGAAGACGAGUGAUCGGGAUUAUGAAAUUGAAGAGAGACGCUAUCGAACUAUGGAAUCUGCGGUCAACAGGCUACAGAAGGAGGCGAAGGGCUAUCUGGACUCGCUGAGAGCAAUGACGGCGUCGCAAAUGCGGAUUGCUGAAACGAUAGAUGCGUUUUACGGCGAUGCUGGCGCGAAAGACGGUGUGAGCAGCAGUUACAAACAAGCUGUUGAGGACCUUGACGCGGAAACAAUCAAAGCGCUUGAUGGACCAUACAGAACAACUGUCCUGGAACCCAUAUCCCGCUUCUGUGCCUACUUCCCAGAUAUAAACGAAUGCAUCAAAAAGCGCAACCACAAACUCCUCGACUACGACGCCAUGCGCGCCAAGGUGAAGAAACUCGUCGAGAAACCUGACAAGGACGUCACGAAGCUGCCCCGUGCGGAAAAGGAGGCCGAGAUGGCCAAGCAGGCGUACGAGCAACUAAACGAUCAGCUGUUCAACGAGCUACCGCAGCUCAUCGACUUGCGUGUGCCGUACCUAGACCCGUCGUUCGAGGCGCUUGUGAAGAUUCAACUGCGGUUCUGCGCAGAGGCGUACUCGCGUAUGGCGCAGGUGCAGCAGUAUCUGGAUUCGGAUACGAGAGAGCAGUAUGCCCAGGGCCACUUGGACGAUCGGGUUGAGCAGGUGUUGCAGGAGAUUAGGGAUUUGAGUAUUGCUGGGACUGUUUGAGGGUUAUUCUUCUUUCUGGGGGAGUUUAUAUUCUUCAGUGUGUUUUGUGUCUCUUGUAAUCAUUUUAUGUUUUCUGUUUUCUCUCAAUUUGCUCCUCUUCCGUCAAUUUUUUCCGUUACUGUUCGCCUUUUUUUUCCCCCUUGUUAAUACGAUAAUAUGAUAUGGAUGAGUGUAUGUAGAGUUAUAGACCCUUGCAAAAGUAGAAUCAAACUUGUGAUAACCUUAGCUUCCCUUCCCCUCUGUAACUUUUGCUCCUUCUGGGGCUUUUUUUCAUUUUUUCUCUUCCAUUCUUUUUCAUAAGGGGUAUGGAAUCAUGCGGGCAGUGUGGCUUCGCUUUCUAUUGCUACAUGUACCUUUUAUUCUAAACUGCCUUUUUAUAUUCCUUAGUCCCCGUCCCACCCCUGGAUUUUACACACAGAUAUUUAUUACAGUUUAGUCUUCCCCUCUCUCUUUUCUCCUUUUUAUUUUAUUUUUUAUUUUUCUGUCCUUUGCCGUUCCAUGACCCUUCCUCCACGUCCCCCUCUUCAUAUUUAACACAUGAUAAAAUCCACGGAUGUGGAAAUCUACUUCCCCAUGAUAAAAACAUUUUAUCUAUUUUACUAUUCAACUUUGCGCCCCUCUCCCCCACUCUUUUCUAUAUUAGAAGAAGACGAAAAAGAACUAGGUAGGGAACAGCGUGAAAUGGUGCACCCGAGACAAGUUACAUGCCAUCAUAUACAUACAUAUAUUACAUAUCAACCCGUACAACACAUACACAUUCUUGACAGUAGGAAUUGAGCUCGCUACAACUUCUCAG